AUGUCUACGAAUGCUUUGCAAGCUGAACAAGUGAGAACUAAGGUCCUUUACAGUGAAGUGGAUACUCCAUUUAACGGCUAUUUGGACAUUUUGAGUAAAGUCACGAAAUUGUCGAAUCAAAUAUUGAAAGGACAACUGCAAAAGUACGAAACCGAAAGCAAAGUUCAAUUUGGGGAAACCUAUAUCAAUGAACUAGAACAAACCAGCGAUUUGAAAUUUUUAGAAUUGCAAAAUUCAUUGGAAGUGAAGAAAGUCUCUGAAGAAAACUGGGAGCAAUCAGGUAAUGAUACGCUGGAGAAGAUGAAGGAUCAAUUGAAAUUUAAAGUGCCAGAAUUGAAAAGUUCAUACGAGAUGUUACAGGAUAGAAUUUCAAGAAUAAGGGUGAUUUACGAGUCUGUGAGUAAGGUUAAUUCAGAGAUGGAAAUUUUAAUGGAAUCAAAUACGAGUCUCACAACUAGUAAAAAUGAUUGGGAGGAGGCAUUGGGUGCAACUUUAGCAGAAAAAUUGAUAAAACAGAGAUAUUUGAAGAAAGUUGGUAAAUCAAUCGAAGGCGAAGAAGAGCUGUAUAGGGUGUACGACAAUUUUACCAAAGGACCAAAAGAAAUGAAGCACGUCAAUAAAUCUAUAAAGGCUGAUAUUGACAGACUGUCUCAGGAGCUGAGAGUAAACAAAGAUAAAUGGUUGAAGGAUGCUGAAAUAUUUACCAGGAUGACAUCGAUAUUAAGAGAGGAGCUUGCUAAACGAGAUAUGGACGUUGAUGUUGAUAUGGAUGAAGAAGAAGAUCAAGAGGGAGAAAGAGAAAGGUAUAGAAGACAAAGGGCAGUUGAUAAUGACCGAGAAGACCAAGAGGUAGAAGAUCUAGAAGAUCUAGAAGAUCUAGAAGAUCAAGAAGACCAAGAAGAUCAAGAAGAGGUAGAAGAUCUAGAAGACCAAGAAGACCAAGAAGAUCAAGAGGUAGAAGAUCAAGAGGUAGAUCAAGAACCAGAAGAUCAAGAACCAGAAGAUCAAGAGCCAGAAGAUCAAGCGCCAGAAGAUCAAGAGCCCGAAGAUCAAGAACCUGAAGAUCAAGAGGUAGAAAAGGCUGAAAAUCAAGUUCAAGUUGAAGGGGAAGAUGCGAAAGAAGUAAAAACUGAAGACCAAGAAGGGGCAGCAGAUGAACAAGGUGACGGAGAUGUUGCAAUGGAUUAUGUCGAGACAAAGGAUACUCAAAGUCAUAAUUCAGCAGGGACGACACCCGGCACGCAACAGCGUGACAUAUAA